CAGAAGUCGUAUCGUUGUUGUUGACGUUACAGCGGAACACGGACGGGUUUUGGCAGUAUGGUGUCCGUCGGGAAGGUACAUAUUUUAAAUUCAUUUUAACGUUAAAAUUAAGUUUAUAUCCGGUGAGAAACAGACGCAGCGCUCGUGAAUCUUUCAGUCCAGUCUGGUUGUUGUUAUGUCAGCUUAGUUUGUAUCAGCACCGUGAGUCGAGAUGAAACCGCCGCCUCGUACACGAACUAAACCAGAUCGCAACCUGAAACCUGAACCGGUACCGCAGCGUUCAGUCAAUCUGGCCUGUAAGUGGCAGCGAGCGGAACAGAGGAAGCUCUUGAAUGCCCUGAAAAGACUCAGCAGGACCGCUGGAGGCCACGAAGACAUCGACUAUGCUUUCCUGAGAAAAUACAUGCCUACUCGGUCCAUUUCAGAGAUUCACUCUGUGGUGGAAUCUCUGAAGAACAAAGUGAUCUCAUGUGCCAGCUUCAAGCUGAAGAAGAAGAGAUGGGAGGAGAAGGUGGUCAGAAAGCCCAUUGAGGUGUGGACACACAUGGCUUCUGCUGUAGCUGGAACCCUCGAAGAACCCAUUUCCACUGCUUUCUCUCAGAUGCUGAUAGUGUCAUCCACAGAGCCUCGCACCCUAAGGAACUGUGACCCUCCCCAGGUCCACAGACCACCCACAGACAAAGACAGGCCUGUUGGUCGCACCGUCCCUUUGAGACCAAUGCCUCGUUUGCCAGUCCAAGGUGAGUCUCCUGGCACCAACAAAGCCGAUCCUCUCCUGGUACUCAAGACUCCAGCACCAACCAUAGGCCCAGCCAAAAGACUCCCAGCACCAUCCCAAGUGGUUAGAGUGCCAAACGGCAAAAUCCCUCCACCCCAGCAACAGCCUUCUACUACAGCUGGAACCUCGCCUGCUGCCACCUCCUGCAAGUCAGAUGCAGCAAAAACUGCGCCUUCUACAUCCCCACAGCCUGCCUCUCAGACUGUGACCCCAGUUACAGGACAGGUCACACCCAGUUCUAGCUCUGCAGCAGUUGUAAAGACUCAGAGUGUUGGCAGUACUGUAAUUCAAACUACCCAGCAGCCCUCAGAGCAACACCCCACCACCACCUCUACUUCAAAGUCCACUUCAUCCAGUUCUCAUACACCCCUCUCCACCUUUGCCACCAGUCUAUCUCAAGUCCCCAGUACUGCACCAUCCUCUGUUGCAUCUUCCAGUUCAGCCAGCUCCAGCUGCUCUUCUACCUGCUCCAUGCCACCACUCUCCACCCCUGCUGCAGCAUUUCACGCCAGGUUUGGUCGCACCAGCAAAUACGCCACAAAAGAGAGUCCCAGGAUGUUCGGCGUCAAGUGCAUAGUGAACUUUGAGAGGAUAUAUAGCUACCUGAGUGUCAUCCCAAAGCCGAAUGAGGAGUGUCAUCUCACCCCCAUGGAGAGUGCUAUAGUGUUGGACUUGUUGAUGUCUCUCCCAGAGGAGCUUCCCUUGCUGGACUGCAAUAAACUGCACAAACAUCUGGUCCAGGUGUACCAAUGUCUUUCAUCCCCUGCUGACUCCAAGAUUGCAAGAGAAAUGUUUAAAGACCUGAAGGAUGGGUUAUGUGCUCAGACAGAGGCACCAAGUGGCCGAGACAGCAACAGAACAAACAGUCAGCAGAAUACUGCUGGGACUGCUGAUAGCAGUGAUGUCACGGACAGUGGAGAGAAGAAACUGCAGCCAGAUGAAGCUGAGAGCCAAUCAUCAGGGAACACAUCCAGCCAAUCGGAAGAUGCAGAUGUGAUGGGAGUCUGCCCCCCCCUCAACCCUUUUAUGGUGCCACUGAAACUGUUGAUGCGCCAAUAGUUCAGGGUUCAAAAUUUAUAAUGUAAUCGUUUGUGUAGUAAGCUCUAGAUAUGUCUGCGUUCUAUAAUAAUACAUUAUUUUUAUACUCAUUCUAGAGUUGAGCCCCAAAUUAUUUGGUCGUUGUUUGGGGCUGGGCUGCAUACUGAACCUUAGUAUGCACCACAAUCUUAAGUAUUGAAAGUUGGCAUCAAAUGUCUGAUUCAUCGUAUUGUUUACUUAUUUUUUGAUCAGAUAGUUUAUUUAAAUCAGAAUAUAGUCAAUUUUGUACUGUUUUAUUUAAGGAAAGUUCUUGUUCAUCUGCUUUUGUUAACAUUAAACACUGAUGCAUUGAGAAGUUUGGCUUAUUUUGUUAAAUGGAAUAAAUAAUAAAUGCAGA